GAUGGUGUUCCAUCAUUUCGCUUUCGGAAACGGUGGCUUUCGGAGGUGUGCGUUGCUGCUGCUGGCUGGCCAAAACCCGAGACGGCGAUUCCGCGUGCGUCCCAAAGACGAGCCGUUCUGGAGUUAACCAAACACCUGUUUACGGUGCUUCGGAUCACGUGCGUGUGUGUCGAGUGAUUGGUGAAGUUUAAAUUAACGGUCAAACGGUGUGUCUACGGCGAAGGAUACAAACCAAAUCACAGUAGGCGGUGAGCGUCAGAAAGCGUCAAAACGGUGCAAUUAAUUCGCUGUGACUAGAAGGAAGGAACAGGUUGUGCGUUUGCGGUGGUUACGGCAGGUUACGGUCCGUGGCAGAUAGUCCACCAUUCCCUUGCAGUGGACGACGCCAAGAUGAACAAGUGUACGGUGGGAAGACUGUUGCUCUGCUUGCUGAUUGCGUUCAUUGCGGGAGCGCACGGUGCCAGCAACUAUCUGUACGAGUCCGAGGAGCGGUACCCGGUGCCCUCGAAUCUACUGGAAGAUGAAGCCGAGGAGAACGAUCGAGCAAGUCUUACGGACGAUGGACUGUUAGAGAACUAUCUACAAGGCGGUGCCUCCAAACGAUCAUCCCUGAUCCAGGUGUACCGAAGGGGAUGCAUCCCACGGGGUGGUAACUGUGACCAUCGGUCUAACGACUGCUGCCACAACAGCUCCUGCCGGUGCAAUCUGUGGGGCUCCAACUGUCGCUGUCAACGCAUGGGCCUGUUCCAGAAAUGGGGAUGAGCGCUGAACGAGUUAGAUCACUAAGCUCCUUACCAACCCUUCCCGAGUACUUCUAAAUUGUGUUCGUUCUUCAAAUCUUUGAGUUCUUUACUUUAAGCAGUUUGUAAAUCUGGAGUAAUAAUUUAGGCUUCCCAAUAUGCAUCAUUCGUUUGUUUUAAACUCCUCUUUUCAUCACUAAAAAUUACAUUCUUUGCGUUUAGUCCUACACGAAACAAGAAUCUGACACACGGCAUCCAGAACCAUUGCAAAUCGAUUAACCGGACAAGAAGCGUCAAACUAUCACGGAACGGAACAACGGAAAAAUAAUAUCUGAUCACGAACACGGAACCGAAACUAAUGAUUACGAUGAUGCAUUGUACGUAAGGCGCAACGUUUAUUACAAACACAAAUUACUUCCUAGCUGCUCUGAUGGUGAAUUAAGGAUUUUGAUAUAAUAAGGAAGCAAAAGUACAUUUAUAUAUAUACAUACAGCUAUAUACAUACACACCUCCACAUAUAUAUAUACAUAUAUACAUACACGUACAUGAAGCGUAUAUAAAACACCUAACACACAUACCUUGUAACGAUUACACUAGCACAGCUCCACCAGUUGUGUGUGUGUGUGUGGGGAACAGGGUUUGACGCACGUCGAAGUGGCUCCUUGGACCUUCGACAGCAGCUCGGCAAGUGUUCCCAUUUCGGACACCGCACGAAGAAGUAUGUCCUCUGGUUCAACUGGUUCAAGAACAAAACAAACAAAAAAUCAAAGAAGAGACAUAAACGCUUUGAUUCUUCGAUGUCUGUCCUCUCCACAAAAAUAAAAAAAUCCAAACAUCCAGACAGAACAUUUGACUGGCUGGUGGUGUGACUGGUGACUGGCGAGAUCGGGGGUUGACGAGACGAGCACUGUUACUGCAUUAGGGUGUAAAAGGAGGCGGGGUAAAAAAGAAAACCAAAAAUUCCCUUUAUUAAGUACUAACGAAGAUACAUGUAAAGAAAACCCAGAAAACCAAACAAAAAAAAAAAAAACAAAACUAACUCUCGAUGUGUGCGUGUGUGUGUUAAAAUGCGACCAGGAUGCGUAAAUUUUGUGGUAAAUUACAUGAACAUGCAAGUAGUGAGAUACUGGAUCAUUUCCUCCUUCAUUUAAUCAUUUUCGUUUUAAUUGGGAUUAUUGCUUUUUGAUGAAAUAAGCUUAAGAUAACAUUUUACUUAUUGUUAACCUUCUUUGUCCUUUAUAUUUUACCCCAGACCAUUCUUUUUUCCUUCAAAAUAGUUUUUUUCUGCAACAAAUUCUAAUUAUUUAUAUUUAUUUAUUUAUUUAUUUAAACAUUUGUAAUUCGAAUAAUAAGUUUUAAAAAAUGUUUUUGAGAUCAAAAAGAAAAGUAAACAGAAAAACAGAUAAAAAUUGUAACAGAACUACCAUAGAAGAUUAAAAUUCAUAAGUGUAAAGAUCAUUUGCAAAGAAUUCUGUCCAGAGAAAGAGGGAAGAAAGUGAUGAAACGAUGCACUAUGCAAAUAUGCACUGCUUGAGGCACUGGUAUUCGGACGUAUAAAACUAGCACAUUGGAUGGAAAAUUGUAGAAGCAAAUAGUUUUCCUACUUGAUGUAAAACAGUAGCAACAAACCAAAAAACAACCACAGAUGAAGAGCAUUAACUCUUGUACUAACACACAUAUACUUAACCAUUUUAACCAAGCAAAAGAAGAAAAAAACAAUACGAAAUGACUUAAAGUGAACCUGUUCCUGUGAGCGUCAUGGUGCCCAGCCACACAUUAGUACCGACGCAGCAAAACACCGCAACAGGCCAGGGACACGUUCAGCUGACGACUAGGCGACAACCUAGCAAACACAACAACAACAAGAAUUCCUUUAGCAGAUUUGGAGAACAGAUCACCACAGUCUAUUCUCGAGUAGCUUCGAGUGUAUAAGUGUCAGUUUGUAGUGGUAGAUCAUGACAGCGCUACGAACAUAGCAACUGCUCGAAUGCCCAUUUUGACAGCUAGUUCGAGCUUGAACGCAGCCGCGAAAAAGCCUCUCCAGCAGGGUGACGGAGUGGUACGGUCGGUCUGUUUGGUAGUGGUAGAUCAUGUUCCGAUACGAUGGGAAAGGAUUCAGGUCCGGAUGUCGAUGUCUACUGUCAGUGACACUUCCAAUGCACCAACACCAACACCAUCUUCCGGUGCAACUGCGAUGGCGAGCGGUGGACCGUUUCCCAGCCUUUCAAACGAACGAUAGUAAAAUUCACCGCUCGUCACCGUUUGGACAGUGGUCGCGGAUAGUGCAUUGUGCCGGACAGUUCUGGUCCGAGUGCUAACCGGAUGACAGAUCCCACUGCUUGCACCUCACAGUUCGACGUCGAGUUCGAAAGCCCUGCUCGGCGAGAGCCUUUUUCAUGCAACCACGUAGCAUUCUAUAUGUACUUUGAGAAACGAAUUGUAAUUAUCCCCUUUCCUUCCCUCCCUUUCCCUCCUCCCCGUCCCCCACCAGGCCUAGUGUCGUUUCCGUGUAAUUUAAACGUAAUUGUGACCACCUAAAAGGCAACACUGAAACAUUAUAAGAUAAACAAGCUUCAAACAUUAAGACUCUACGUGAGCGGUGUUGUAUUCCGGAGAGUGUACUGACGGAUGAACAGGCGUGCAUUUUAUUUCCAUCUUGUGUUGUUGGGUUUUUUUCCGUAUUUUGAAUGCCCGGUCCUUCCCGGACACGGCUGUUGGAACGACGGGGAAAAAGAAAUCGUUUAGGGAAAGAUGGCCGAUGAGGAGUACGUUGAAGAUAAUAAAACAAACCUAAAACAGAAAAGAAUUAGAAUGAUGCGAACGGACGAGGAUAACACGUGGCUGAGAAGUUGAACAUUAGUGCGUGUGCAGGAGAGAGAGAGGGAAAGCGUUAAUGACGGAGAAAGGAUGAACAAAUAAAACAAUAUACAAACAAACCAAUGCAAAGUUAA